AUGCCUAAGGAGAAGGAGGUGCCUAUUGAUCUUAGUGUGCCAAAAAAAUUUGACGGCAAUAUUGCUUACCCUACUCGGCUAAUUAAGAAUAGUUUGAAUGAGAAGUUUGUGAGGUUUUUUAGGGUGAUGAAGGGCCUACACAUCAACAUUCCUUUCCUUAAGGCGAUCGCACAAAUUCCUUCGUAUGAAAAGUUCCUAAAGGAAAUUAUCUUUAACAAAAAGAAGAUUAAUGAAGAUCUCAUCACUCUUCCUCUUCAAGUUAUUGCUUUGCUCCAACAUGAGAUGCCGAAGAAGCAACAAGAUCCGGGAAGUUUCACUUUGCCGGUUAAAAUUCGCAAUUUGGAGGUCAAGGGUGCUUUGGCCAACCUUGGAGCUAAUGUUAGCUUGAUUCCCUCGUCCAUUUCUAAGCAACUCAAUAUCGAGAUAAUCCCCACAAGAAAGACCAUUCAUCUAGCCGAUAGAUCGGUUGAGAUGUCUUAUGGUGAGCUUGAAGAUGUUCAUAUUUAA